AUGGCUGUUCAUGUUCUUCUUGCAGCAAAGACCUUUCCCCUUGUAAUUUCCAGGACACGGGAGAAUACCUUGAAACCUGCCAAAGAGUAUAAAGUACAAUCCAGGUGUGAGCUGCCCUCUCAAGAAGCUUCAUCAAGUCGCCGCCAUUUUGUAGCUGGUGCCAUGAUUGUUACGAUUCUGACCAUUAACUAUGGCUUAGCACCAUCACCAGUUUGGGCUGAUGAUAAGUCGGAUGAUGAAGAGGAAAAGGAUGGAGUUAUAGGUGCUCUUAAAUCACUGUUUGACCCUAAUGAGAAAACAAAGUCUGGAAAAGUGUUGCCGAAGGCUUACUUGAAGUCAGCAAAGGAGGUCGUGAAGACAUUGCGCGAAUCGCUGAAUGAAGAUCCCAAGGAUAAUGCCAAAUUCAGGCGUACUGCAGAUGCAGCAAAGGAGUCGAUUCGAGAGUAUUUGGGCAAUUGGAGAGGACAACAAGAGGUGGCUCAAGAGGAGUCUUAUGUUGAGAUUGAGAAAGCGAUAAGAUCGUUGGCCGGCUUUUAUUCCAAGGCAGGGCCAUCUGCCCCACUGCCUGAAGCAGUUAAGUCUGAGAUAUUGAAUGAUUUGAAUACAGCUGAAGAGUUUUUGUGA